GCAAAUGUCCCGUGAUUACCUCGGAAGUCUUGCUUCGCCGGUUGAAACUGCAGAAUAAAGAAGGAUUAGCAAAAUAUGGCUACGGAGGGCCCCGCCGUGCGUCGAGUCCAGGUGGCGGAACAUCCCAGAUUGCUGAAGCUAAAAGAGAUGUUUAAUUCUAAGUUUGGAUCCAUUCCCAAGUUUUAUGUUCGAGCACCAGGAAGAGUCAAUAUAAUAGGAGAGCAUAUAGAUUACUGUGGAUAUUCUGUUCUUCCUAUGGCUGUAGAACAAGAUAUGUUAAUAGCUGUGGAACCUGUGAAAACACAUGUUCUCCAGCUGGCCAAUACCAAUCCCUUGUACCCGGACUUCAGUACUAGUGCUAAUAACAUCCAGAUUGACAAAACCAAGCCUCUGUGGCACAACUAUUUCCUAUGUGGAUUUAAAGGAAUUCAGGAACACUUUGGUCUCAGUGACCUGACUGGAAUGAACUGCUUGGUAGAUGGAAACAUCCCACCAAGUUCUGGCCUCUCCAGCUCCAGUGCUCUGGUCUGCUGUGCUGGCUUGGUGACACUCACAGUGCUGGGCAUGAACCUAUCCAAGGUGGAGCUUGCAGAAAUCUGCGCCAAAAGUGAGCGUUACAUUGGCACUGAAGGAGGAGGGAUGGACCAGUCCAUAUCAUUUCUUGCAGAAGAAGGAACUGCCAAGUUGAUAGAAUUUAGUCCUCUGAGGGCAACUGAUGUGAAACUCCCAAGUGGAGCAGUGUUUGUGAUUGCCAACAGUUGUGUGGAAAUGAAUAAGGCAGCAACUUCUCAUUUCAAUAUCAGGGUAAUGGAGUGUCGGCUGGCUGCAAAGCUCCUGGCUAAGCACAAAAGCUUGCCAUGGAAAGAAGUGCUGCGGCUGGAGGAGGUGCAGGCCAAACUGGGGAUCAGUCUGGAAGAAAUGCUUUUGAUCACAGAGGACGCCCUUCACCCUGAACCCUACAGCCCUGAGGAGCUCUGUAAAUGUCUGGGAAUUAGCCUGCAGGAACUCAAGACCCAGAUUCUCAGUCCAAACACUCAAGAUGUGCUCACCUUCAAACUCUACCAGCGGGCAAAGCAUGUGUAUAGUGAGGCUGCGAGAGUGCUCCAGUUUAAGAAGAUAUGUGAAGAAACACCUGACAACAUGGUCCAGCUGCUGGGGGAGUUAAUGAACCAGAGCCACAUGAGCUGCCGGGACAUGUACGAGUGUAGCUGCCCUGAGCUGGACCAGCUGGUGGACAUCUGUCGGAAAUUUGGGGCUCAAGGAUCACGCCUUACUGGAGCAGGAUGGGGAGGCUGCACAGUUUCAAUAGUACCUGCUGACAAGCUGUCCAGCUUCCUGGCGAAUGUGCACGAAGCCUAUUACCAGAGGAGCAACCGAAGCUUAGCGCCAGAAAAGCAGAGUUUGUUUGCUACCAAACCUGGAGGUGGAGCUUUGGUUUUCCUUGAGGCCUAAACAAUGUAAAAAAUCUCCAAGAAAGUAUUUAGAGCAUUUAGGGACUGGCAGGACUUCUUAUGCCACAGUAAAUUAAUCCUCCUUCUGUUUUGUAUUAUGAAGAAAUGGUUGCUAUUAUCAAGAUAUAUUUCCAAAGAAAUGGUUGAAAGCUCCCCAUGAUUCAUAAAGAUGAUUUUUCCACCUGAAAUAUGUUUUCUACCAAUAAGGACAAAGAUUAUGCUUGGAUAGAGAUCUCUUAAGAUAAUUUACUUAGAUUUAUUGAUUUCAAGAAUUUUAAAGACACAUGGUAAAAGACCAUCAAUCCUGGUACCUCAUAGAUUCUACUUGAA